AUUUAAUGUAUGAGUAGGAAUAAUGAUCUCUAACUACUCUACUCGAACAUUAAUAAAAUUCGAUAAGCAUCAUUGUAGAAACAUUCUGGUUCUUAAGCCAAAUUGCGAAUUUUUGAUGUGGGAAUUUCCUUCAAUUAUUGCUAACAGUAGAUAUGUAAGACGUACUAAGAGAAAUAACAGACGGGUAAAGAACAUAAACGGAUUCCUACUUUUUUACCGUCACUAUUUAGCAGCUCAAAAAAAAUAUAUGCAAAGACCUAUUAGAAACGGAGUUGAACAAAGCGUGGAAAUUCGGAAAACUUGGAAUUGUGCUGGAAAACAAAUUCAUGAUGUAUACGAAAAAUUAGCUUUUCAGUUAAAAUUCGUUAUGAACGAAUUUCCAAUCUCGACGUAUCUGAUGUAUAACAUCGAUAUCACUUUUAUUCCAAGAAUAACCAAAAAUAACUACUCUCAAAAAGAUAAUCGUAAAGUCUCAAAGGUUUUUAGAUUUAUUAUUCAAAUCAUCAUCAACCGUUACUGAGGCGAAUGCGACUACAAUAAGAUAAGAAUUACUUAUAUACACUAUGAUUUCACCUAUGGAUUUAUAUUAUAGAUAAGCAUAACUUCCACUAAGAUUUUUUGAUGGCAUUAUGACAUUUAAUUAUUAUCGUAGUUUAAACUUCGAACGUUCGGAAUAUUUAAAAAAACAUACGUAACUUUUUUGAUGGCAUUUUUGUAAAAAAAUCAUAUGUAAAUUUUAUGAUAACAUUUAAUUGAUAGCGUA